AUGAGUCCUCAGAGAGAUGUACCCGCCCGUAUGGGGAUCGAUGUCAACAUCGAUAUCAACAAGCCUCGUGCUGAACCGGCCAUAGCCUCACACGAAAGUGAUGAUGCGGAGUUUUCUUGGACCAAACCCCUAAAGACCCCUGUGGCCACCCGUGACCGCCGCAAUGGCAAAGCCAUUCCUCAAUACAUAACUACACCAACCGAGGAUGAGUACAGUGAUUGCGAUGAUUACCAUCAAUACCUUCGGUCCGAAGCUGAAAAGCGCCAGGCUGUCAAGAAGGUUGAUGUUGAACCUACCACAACCACAACCCCAAAGAAAAAGAAAAAGGGCAAGGCAAAGGCAUCUGUGAAGCCAUCGCCACAGGCACCUGCUUCCAAAUCCCGCAAUGGCAGAGUUGGUCCUCGACACGCGACUGCCCCAAUCGCCGACGAGUACGAGGAUUUCGACGAUUACCACGAGUAUCUGCGGGUCACACAUACAAAGCCAAAGGCUACCCCAGGUUCUGCGAAUUCACAGUAUAUCCCACCCCCUAAAAUCAACGUGGACCUUGUCAAGCCUGGUAGAAUCCAUCGUUCUACCUUACCACCUAAGAUGAUUAUGACUUCCCCUCCGAAGCUACCGAGCGAGCGCACCUAUGAUGAGUUUGACCAGCAAACUCUCUGUGGCAUCGGUGUUGAUAGUGAGGUUUCUAUUUACAACGUAAACGAUGACCAUACUAGGCUCAUCCCAAACCCGUCUACUCCCAUGCUUCCAGCGGGGCAGCUUUCUGCAAGUACGGGAUUGGUACGAGACUAUGACCACACCAAUAGAGAACAACCCCAAAUUCCUCAAUUGGAAAAUAUCAAUCCAUCUUUGACUAUGACUCAAAAAGCAAAGUUGGAAAGUGGAUGGCAACCUGCACACAAACUUCUAUCAAGGUCUCCCAGCUACCCCGGAAAGGUUUAUAGGCCACAGCCACGCUCUGGCCCACGCCCUCAAGGAAGGACCUUUCAAAAAUUGAAAUUAAACUCCCAACUUCGCACCUUUCAACAUAUGAGAUUACUUCAUGGAAGCAGGAAUGGUAGCAGAACUCUUGGGCCUAGCAGCUGGUCAUCCCCUUAUGUCCCUCUUCUUGAUCGACCAUCCGCUCUUGUCUCUGAAAGGCCGAUUCAUCGCGCGUUGAGACGAGCCGAGGAAAACAACAGUGUCCAUGGUGGUACAAGUAUGGUCCACCUUGCUGCCGAGUAUAUGAAAGCCGAACUUUUUCCCUCAGACAGAGAAACCGAGAACGACAGUUUGUACUCUAAAUCGAGCGGUGGUCCACAUUCUCAUACUGAGUGCGAAGCGGAAACUGAGUCAUUACGCCCUGUGAUCUCGAAAGGUCGAUGCAGGGGCCAACAAGCUUUGAAAUGCAAAUGCAGGAAAGCGGUCGCUGUUGUUAAGCGGGCUACCGUAGGGGGCAAGGUGAGGCUCAGGAAGUUAUUAAGGACUUAA